CCCGAGCGUGUGUUGAAUGAUAAGAAGACAAUGAUAAUGCUUUCUUUUAUAAAUAGCUUAAAGAUCAACAGAAUUUUCUCAGUUAAUCUCAAAGCUUGGUCAUGGCUAAACAGAAUACAGCAUUAAUAAAUAUAGUUAGCUUUCUUUUCGCGGCGUGUUGCAUAUGCUUUUGUUGCGGAAAUUGUGAUAUUCCACCUGAUCAGCAGCAACCAGGUGUGGAUGAUUUUAUUGAAAACAUAUCAGCGCAUUACAAAAAUGAAAUCCGAAUUAUUGAAGCCCAGCUUGCGCAAAUGGAAUUUGCAUUUCAAAAGGAACUUACCGUUGUAGCAUAUAACCAAGAGUUGGCCGCCAAAACUACUAGACAACUUGAAUCCCGCAUGAGAAGUACAGCAACUCUCAACUUCAAGGCCAAAUUAUGUGUUCAGCAUUUUAUGACUAAUGUCACACUGGAGAAUGUGAAUAUGCAAACAAAAUUGCGUACAUGUGUAGAUACUGCAAAAACAAAUUCAAAAACUGUUGCCGAAAAUGCAAGGAAUCAAAUAAGAAAUUCCAGAACUCAGUUGCAAGAGCUUCUAAAUACAGACAUGACGUUAUGUCGGAAGAAUAAUGCAAACAAUGUGCAGAAAUUAACUGAGUGCGCUAGAGAAAAGUUAAAAGUUCGUGAGCUUAAUGUUCAGAAUAUGCUAAAAGCAGCUGGAAGAGAUAUUGAAGGUUGCAUGUGCAAAGUCGACAUAGCAGCAUUAACCGCGCAAGAAUGUUCAUUUCUUGUUAUUCUGGAAGUUUAUACGCUCUUAUCGGAACAAGUUACAAAUAUAAACACGUGUAUCGGUGAAAGACUGUUGGAAAUAAAGUAAAAUAAGUUAAAUUU